UCCAUCUCCCAGGAGAUGAGGGCAGGGGGAUCGGGGUUGGAGGUUAUCCCCAGCUACAUAUUAAAUUCAAGGUCAACCUGGGCUACGUGAGAAUGGGAGCAGGGGAUUUGGGAGGAUGCUAAGGCCUGGAGGGAGAGACCCCUGGCCAAGGGUCUGUGAGGUUGGCUUCACCCGGGUCAUACUGUUGUUUCUGCUGUAUCCAGGACCUCUGGUGCCCAUUUACCCUACCCCAACGGUGGGACCCCCCUUUCCGCUGCUGAACCUGCCUACACACCUCUACUCCAGGAUGUGCCCCGUGGAACACCCCCUUUCAGCUGACAUUGCCCUGGCCACCCACGCAGAUGAGGAUGGAGACACGCCUCUCCACAUCGCUGUGGUCCAGAAUAACAAGGCAGUUGCCCUCCGGUUAGUCAUCCUUUUCCAGCAGGGAGGCCGGGAACUAGAUGUCCACAACAACCUGCGGCAGACCCCACUCCACCUGGCUGUGAUCACCGCAUUACCAGAUAUGGUCCGGCUCCUGGUGACAGCUGGUGCCAGCCCCAUGGCCCUGGACCGCCACGGCCAGACUGCAGCCCACCUGGCGUGCGAGCACCGCAGCCCCAGCUGCCUGCAGGCCCUGCUGGACAGCGCAGCCCCGGGCUCCGUGGACCUGGAGGCUCGCAAUUACGAAGGGCUCACCGCCCUGCACGUGGCCGUGAACACCGGGUGCCAGGAGGCGGUUCUGCUGCUCCUGGAGCGCGGCGCAGACAUCGAUGCUGUGGGGAAAGGCCUCUCGGACCUCCUCGGGGUCACAGCCAGACCCGUCCCCAGACCAGAGUGCCACCACCUCCCCGGAGAGCAGCAGUCGCCUCAAUGCUCCACCUGCCUUCCUGCCCUUUCCAGGGGUCCUCCUAACUCCUGGCCAGCCGGUGCCCCCUGCCCCAGCUCCAGGAAGCAGCUGAGACAGAUGGGGGGGCAGGCCCGGACUCAUGAGGAGGGGCCUCUCUGCCCUGUGGGGACCUCUCCUCUGGAACCUGUGAGGAGUUGUUCUGCUUCCCCCCAAUCUCCAGGACCAGGUUUUGCACCAAGGCACAUGCACCUACUACUGAGCACAGAUAGCCCUAAUCUCACCCCUUGCCCAGGACUCUCAACCACACUUAGUCUCAGGCACCAGGUACCCUGUCUGGAAUCCACUAGCUGAUCGAUUCUCUGUUCCAUCCCAGACGUGGAGGAACCAAACGACAGCCCCUCGCUCGCCAUCCUCCACCCCGAGGAACCAGGAGGAGCAGACUGGUCGGGGCAGCACUGAUCACAAUGUAAAUUAUUAGGUUCGGGUCAGAUUUCUUUUGUAAUAAACUAUUUUUGUACCAUA